CCCAACACACACACACAGACACUCACAGAAUAAGAAGCACUGAAACACAUUAUCACUUCUGAUGUGUGUGUGUGUGUCUCAUGAGCCAGCUCAGCUCUGAGGGACAUUUGUAAUUAAGCGGUACAACUGAUCUCAUUGAUAUUUCAGAUUAGCACUGUCUGCAGGGCUCCCCUGGCCCGGCGUUCUGGAAGAGUCUCUGACCGACACAGGAUUGAGACGGCACUUUGAGUGAGUGAGGUUGAUGAUGAUGGUGAGCGACGACUGCCUGGUGGAGUGUAAGAUCGACGAUGAAAGCGAUGAAGAACAGAUGAACACACCUCCUCCUCCUCCUGAGUUUGCAUCCAAAGCCUCGACACCCGUGGCCUUACCUCCGACCCCUCCCAUUGCCCCUCCCACGGCCCCUCCCACAGCCCCACCCACGGCCACACCCACCCGCACCAUCAACAGGGACCCAUAUGGCAUAAACCUACAUCUUAAGGUGGAGGUCAGUGACGUACUGGCGGAGCCGGCCUCACCUCGCAGCAUAGACCAGGUGUGGCGUCACAGUGUGGCUGGCUUUGAGACGACUCGGAUCUGGACGUACCGCUGCCUCUCCUCGCUGCUCGCCGUGCCCUUGGCUCUCGUCUGUGGUGUCUUCCUGGCUGUUCUCGCCUGUCUACACGUCUGGUUUGUGGUGCCUUGUCUGCAGCUGAGCAACACGUUCCUUCCAUGUUUACGGUCUCUGUGUAUGUGUGCUGUGAAUACUUUCAUAUCUCCCUUCUGCACGUCUUUGGCUCUCUGCUGCAGUCAAAUCGCCAUUUCUCUGUCGAACAAGGACUGGCAUCAAAUGAGAGACAAAGGGACUGUAUAAAUGGGAGACACAACAAAUUAUAUCGAGUGAGUGAGAGGAAUUAGUGUGUUUUUUAAAUGUAAAUUGGCAUAGGUAAAUGCAAUUUGAAAUGUUUUCUAUAUAAAGGCAAUUUAUAACAAAUAUGUGUAUUAUUAUGAUAAUUAUUCAGGUUUUCUCUCACCAGUGAACAAGGGGGCAGGGGCGGGUCGCACCCCUCUAUGAAAGUCUGCAAUUUAAAAAAAGACACCAUGCCAUACCAUCAACCCCCCUUCUCCCUGCCCCCAUUUCCCCCCACUUUUUAUGAUUAUUGAAUUAUUAUUAUAAUAUUAGAUUAUUACUUUUACUGUUGUGGUUGUUGCAUUAGUGUACGACUAUGAAUAGAUUUUACAAACAUUUGCUAA